AUGAUUCCAUCUCAAUUAGCCAUAGUAAGAAGAAGGAAGAAGAGACAAAGUGAAUUACUUGUACUUCUCAUGGUUGUUAACAAUGUCGUCACACUCAUGUACUUGGUGAUGUGUAUGAUGGGUGUAAUUGUUUAUGAAAUAGAACGACCACGUUAUAGCAAAAGUGAGAAGAAACACCUUAGACAAAAGCACUUGGAUGCACUAAUCAAGGAUAGUGAUAUAGUCUGCAAAAGUGAACUUCGUGUGAAUAGAAAAACCUUUUAUGUCCUUUGUGAGAUGGUCCGAGAUGUCGGUGGUUUAAAUGGCACUCGAAAUAUGUCUUUGGAGGAAAUUGUAGCUAUGUUCUUGUACACGUUGGCACAUCAUUUGAAAAAUAGGACAAUUAGAAGUCAUUUCUUUCGAAGUGGAGAAAGUGUUAGUAGAAACUUCUACCGAUGUCUUCUUGCCGUAUUAAAACUACAUACAUACUUGCUGAAAAAGCCGACACCUAUAACAGAAGAUUGUGAAGUGGAUAGAUGGAAAUGUUUUAAGAAUUGUUUAGGAGCCUUAGAUGGCACUCAUAUUAGUGUUCAUGUGCCAAGUGAGGAUAGAGCAAGAUAUCGGACAAGGAAAGGUUCUAUUGCUAUGAAUGUGUUAGGUGUAUGUAACCCUAAUUUGGAGUUCAUAUAUGUUCAACCUGGUUGGGAAGGAUCCGCUCAUGAUGGUCGUGUCCUUCGAGAUGCUAUUACUAGGCCUAAUGGUUUAAAAGUGCCGCAAGGUUCCUACUAUUUGGUAGAUGCAGGAUACACGAAUUGUGAAGGGUUUUUAGCACCAUAUAGAGGUCAUCGAUAUCACCUUAAAGAGUGGGGGGACCGACAACCAAUUAGUGCGGAAGAGUACUUCAACAUGAAACAUUCUAAGGCAAGGAAUGUUAUUGAGAGAUGUUUUGGACUAUUAAAAGGAAGGUGGGGUAUUCUUAGGACCCCAUCCUUCUUUCCAAUACGUACUCAUGGGCGUAUAGUUCAAGCAUGUGUACUAUUACACAAUCUUAUUCGAAAACAUAUGCCAACAGAUUACACAAUGUAUUGGGAUUCCGAUAGUGAAGAAGGUGAAAGUGAUGAUGAGGGCCUAGAUGAUGAAGUUGAUUUGAUUACUCAAAUAGCUACUACGGAUGCUUGGACUGCUUAUCAGAAUAACUUAGCACAAACUAUGUUUAAUAAUUGGAGACUUAGGCAUAGUAGCCAAACAUAAAUGUUUCUUUAGUUUAUUUGGACUUAUGUUUGGGUGUUCCUUUUUAUGAUGUAAUCGAAUUUUAUGGUGUUGACAUAUUUUUUUAUGGUGUAAUUGGAUUAUUUAAUUUAUCUUG